CGAAAAUGUCGGCUCGGUCAUGUAAUUAGCUGUGUCCAAUCACAGCUGAUCACAUGUAAACACGGAAAUGCCGGUUAUCGGCAUUUCUCUCCUCUCGAGCUGUCAGCGGAGACAUGUACACUGAUCAUCAGGGCACUGAUGAUCAGUGUGCCCUGAUGAUCAGUGUGGCCCCAGAAGUGCCACCUGUCAGUGUCCAUCAGUGCCAGCAGUCAGUGCUCAUCAGUGCCACGUGCCAGUGCCCAUCAGUGCCACAUCAAUGCCACAUAUUAGUGCAUACUAGUGCACAUCAAUGCCACAUAUCAGUGCCCAUCUGAACUGCCUUUCAAUGUCACCCAUCAGU